AUGUCGGUGCGCUCGUUCUACCUCGUGCUUGCGUGCGCCGCUUGCGCCUACUGUAACGACCAAAACACAGAAGAUAUAAUACAAAAUACAGAUAUAAAACCGGAGAGUCUGUACGCAACAAAUAGCACGAUACAUACUAAUGAUGACGAUAAUACUCUAGCCACAGAAAAAGAUGUUGAUGGGACGAAUGGAGAUGUUAUAUACCAUCUCAGUGAUGAAGAAUACUACGCCAUGCCGCGUCUGUUUGACCUUGACGAGUUCCCAGGAUGUCUGGCAACACGAGGAGCUUACUGUCUUGGCAGCUUUGAGCUCACCGCCACCACUGACCAUCCUCUAUUUCGGACCAUGAAGCAAUAUUCAGCUAACUGGGUGGACAACUUUAACCAUACUCGCCUUCAUCGAGGUGUAUGUCUGCCACGAUCAUGUCAACAAUAUCAGAGUUCUUCCUUGGAGAUGUGGUUCGAAACUUGUGUGAAUGCAAGCACCACAUCUUCUUACAACCUGUCCGCCAGGUUAUAUAAAUUGGAAUACUGCACUAGAGGUACCGAAUAUACACCUCUGAGUGGGAAUGAACAAGCGUUCGCUGCUGUGUUCGCGGCUCUCUUAGCCUUUACGAUCAUCAGUACUGUUCUUGACCUGACACUCUCAUCUCAUGUCAAGAAAGGUUGUGGUUGGGCUUUGUCGUGGUCAUUACGUCAAUCGUGGCGAUCCCUAGUAACACCUGCACCAGUGACCCGGGACCUGGACCUUCGAUCCUUUGACGGUCUACGGGUCUUCUGUAUGCUAUGCGUCAUCAUCGAACACGUUUGUUGGCUCGGAACUAUAUCUUAUGUUGAAGAUACGAGGAUAUUUGAACAGUUGCGUCAUGAGGGUGAUGUGAUCCUGAUGACAAACAGUACGCUGGUAGUCCAGAUAUUUUUCUUGAUGGCAAGCUUCCUUCUCGCCCACAAAAUAUUGGAACAAAAGAACCAUCUACCACCGUUCAGCACAUUUUUCGACACUAUGAUUAACAGGAUCAUUAGGGUGAGUCCCAGUUAUUUCAUGGUUUUAUGGUUUGCGUCGUCGUGGUGGUGGCGGCUUGGACGUGGCCCGAUGUGGACGCCUCUUGUCACCGCUGAAGCUCAAAUCUGUCGCAAAAAAUGGUGGACUCACCUUCUAUACCUCAACAAUGUUGUCAUGAAGGACGACAAGUGUCUUAUACAGACCUGGUAUCUGGCAGCCGACAUGCAGUUGUAUGCUCUGUCACUGGCAUUGACACUUCUAUUACGAGGUCGACGUUGUGCUGUUCGAUUGCUGAUUGUACUCUUCGGUGUCGUCUCUGCAACGUUGGCGAUACUAGCUUAUAUGUGGAAACUCGUGCCCACCUUCGUCCUACACAAUCCAGAGUCCGUUCGUCUGCAGUACAGCGGAGAGGCAUCUUUUAACUGGUUAUAUCAGUCUCCUUUGGGUAAUGCGCCAGGAGCGCUAGCCGGCCUGCUGUUGGCACAUGCUCAACGCCGACUGCCACGCUCCGGCCUACUCGAACACCAGUUAUUUCGAUGGCUGUCGGUGGCGGGGGCACCGGCUGCUCUGUGCUGGGCGGCGUUAUCUCCGAUAUCUUUAGGAGCUGGUCCACCUAACAGACUCGUAGCGGCGUUGCUGGCAGCCUGGGAGCGACCCAUUUUUCUGCUCUGCGUCACUGUGGCACUCCUCGGAGCUAUACACGGAAUCAAGUCGCUAUUGUUCAUCUUACAAAAUUACCAACAGUGUCACUCUUUGCUUCUCCUUAUUCUAGCUCCAUGGCGAACGUGGCUGUCUCAUUCCUCGGCGGCGUUAGCUCGUCUGUCUUUCGGGGCGCUGCUACUACACAUGCCGCUGAACAAAGCUCUGUUGGGGUCAAGACUCACUCCCACACAGCUCGACAGACACUACGCGAUAUAUGGGUGGUUUGGUGUCGCGGUGGUGUCGUAUGCAGCUGCUUUACCACUAGCUCUGCUCGUAGAGCUGCCAGUGCAACGACUCUACAAAGAAUUGACCCUCAUGAUCCGGAAGAAACCACCGAGUUCACACAACAAUAACAAAAUAUCAUCCUUGGAUAAGACAGAAUUUUGUUCGACUGAACAUUGUAAUAAAUAA